AUGCAUCUUACAUCCGCUCUUGCCCUUUCGGGAGUUCUUGCCAGCACGGCAUCUGCCCUGAACCUUCCCACCUUCAACCAGCAAGCUAUCGACUCCGGCGCGGCUCUCGCUACUCUCAACAAGCUUGCCAGCGCAAACGCCUACAAGAACUUCAAGGGGUCAUGCAAGGCGAACAAGGUCAAAGUUAGACAGGAAUGGCGUACUCUCCCUCCUGGUCAGCGCCGCCAGUUUAUCAAGGCUGUUCAGUGCAUUCAAAAAUCGCCCAGUGUCUUCCCCGACAUCGAGGGAGCUGUAACAGGCUACGAUGACUUCACAUGGAUCCAUCUGAUCAACACCGUCAACGUCCACUACUCCGGCUUGUUCCUUUCCUGGCAUCGUCUCUUUAUCCACCAAUAUGAGAAGAAGCUAGAAGCCUGUGGCUGGAAGGGUGGUCUCCCCUACUGGGAAUGGGGAAUGGACACCAAAGACGUCACCAAAUCCCCCGUCUUCGACGGCUCCGACACCUCCCUCGGCGGCAACGGCGAGUACAUCGCCCACGAGGGUCUCACGAUGCCCAUCUGGCCCGACCGUGGUCCCACCAACCUUCCGGCCGGCAACGGCUCCGGCUGUGUAACCAAGGGUCCCUUCGGCGGCAUGCAGACGCAUCUCGGCCCCGUCGCUCUUCCGGACUACGGCUCGCCGACAUACUCCUCGGCCGCAAAUCCCACGGCCAAAAACACGCGCUGCCUCAAGCGCGACCUGAACACGGCCGUGCUCCGCACCGAGAAUACUUUCCGCAACUCGACGAACCUGAUCCUGUCCUCGCCCGACAUCGAGAUCUUCCGCGCCGCCAUCGAGGGCGACCUCCGUUACAACAACGACACGCGCUACGCGCCCUUCAAGGACGCCAAGAGCGUGCAUUUUGGCGGCCACUUCACCAUCGGCGGCGACCCGGGCUCUGACGCCUUUAUCAGCUGCGGCGACCCGGCCUUCUGGCUGCAUCACUCGCAGAUCGAUCGCAUGUGGUGGAUCUGGCAGAACCUGGAUUUCGCGAACCGCCAGGGCGUGUUCGGGACGCACACCAUCUUGGACCAGCCGCCUAGUGACAACGUGACGGUGGAGGAGUUUUUGGAUAUCCAUCCUGACUUCCCGUCGAUCCAGAUCAAGAAGUUGAUGAACACUGUCGGGGAUGAGCCAUUGUGCUAUGUUUACGCUUGA